AUGGGUGGAAGUUCAAGUUCAAGUUCAAGUUCAAGUCCAAGUCCAAGUCCAAGUCCAAGUCCAAGUUCAAGUUCUUUAGAAUAUGAAGCCCGCUCCGUCCACUUCCACGCCGGCCGCUCUAUAUCUGUUACUGGUAUCCCUGCAGACUCUGUUGGAAGUGGCGAGCGGCAGAUCUCUUUUCGACACAAGACCUUUUCUCAUCAAAACCAGACGAUCAGACCCGUACUCGGAGCAGUACUUCACGCCGCAGAACUUCAACCCGGACACAGACAUCCAAUCCUACCAGCCGAUCGAGCGGUACGACCAGUACAGCAACGACCAGAACAUCCUAACCGACUCCUACGGGAAUCAGGUCCACCACCAGAUCAACUUCCCUCCGGACUCCGGGUCCUUCGACUCCAACCCCAACCAGUACCCAGAGCAGACCUCCAACAGCAUCGCCGACGAUGCCUACAGCCAGUACAACCAGUACAACGCCCCCACCAACCGGGGCACCCCCUUCAACAACCUACNCCCCCCUCGGCGCCGCCGGUCCCUUCAGCCACGCCGCCCCCCGUCCAAAACUACCCCCAGAACUACCGCAACAACUACCAGCAACAGCAGUUCCCGCCGGAGUAUAGCAACCCUCCCCCGACCAGCGUUCCCACCGGUCCUAGCAGCUAUCCACCCUACCCGCCUUUCCCCCCUUACGAUCAGAAUAACUACCAAAAACAACCCCCUGCUCAACAAAACCCACCAGCGUACAAACCUACCUUUGGUGGACCACCUACUGCCGGCGGGGAAGAAUACUCGAUAGAACCCUCGAUAAGCUAUCAAGCCCAGCCAGCUACCGGACCUGGCUACGACCAGAACUACCAGAACUACCCGCCCAGCCCUGUCUACGGCGCGACGAAUCAGAACUACAGCCCGCCUAGGCCCUUCGAUAUCCCAUCCCCGAUUAUUAUCAACAGCCUCCAGUACCCUAGCGGUCCAAGUCAAACCCCAGCACCUAGGAACGUCUACGAACGACCCUUCCAGAACAACUACCAAUACGGCGUCGGCCGAGGGGUGGGUAGCCCCGCACCCCCACCGCUACCCAACCCCCCUCCGCUCCCGCCGCCGAGUCAACCGAACUACCCCCAGUACAACCAGUUCGACCCCAGGUACAGCAAUUACCCGGAGGUGGCCCAUAACGACUACACCGGGUACCAGUCGCAGAGUCACGCCCAGAUCGCGGAUAGUCCGCGGCAGAACGUGUUCUUCGACCAGUCGCAACCCCGGGGGAAGAGCUACCGGCGACCCUUCUCCGGGGCCUCGAGCAACUACAUCCCCCGAGGACCCUCCAAGUCCCAGAGGAAGACCUACGCCCGCGGUCACCAGAGGGUGCCGCCGCCCAACUUCAGGGCGAACAACCCGCCGCCCUUCGGGCCCAGUUUCGAGACCCCGGGACCUGGACAGGCUUAUCAAACGCUGCCCCAAAAACAAGCGCCCGACGGAAGUUACAUCUACUGAGAUCGAUGAGAUUCUCCUCGUAGCCGUGGAAAUCGACGGUGCCAAGGGUGGCAUGAAACGCGAGCAAGAAAUGAAAGAUUGGAAAUUUCAGUGGGAUAUUUCAUGAAAUUUCACGAGGCUG